ACACGAGCCUGUGGCGUGAAUGCAGUGGGUCAGUGUUGGUCUGCUGAUGAAAACAAUCAGCUGCUGGUUUCAGUGAUCUGACAGUUGGAGCUCACUUUGGCUGCUUGCUGUUUUUUUUUCCUAACGGCCGCGUUCACCGGAGAGCCGCGAUGUGUCAGGUGGAGGAAGAUUACCGGGGAGAGAUGGAGCGCGCCGCCGUGCCCAGUGUUUCAAAGAAAUGUGUCAAAUGCAAAGAGGCACCUGCAGCUUUGGUCAUCAGAGCAGGAGAUGCGUACUGCAGGCUCUGUUUCAAAGAUUUCUUCAUUCACAAGUUCAAAGCUGUGCUCGGCAAGAACAGGAUCAUUUUCCCCGGAGAGAAGGUCCUGCUGGCUGUGUCCGGAGGUCCUUCUUCCUGUUCGAUGCUCAGACAAGUUCAAGAGGGUUUAAGUCAGAAAGCGAACAAGAAGCUGAGAUUCGUGCCUGGCGUUGCCUUCAUCGACGAGGGUGCUGUGAUAGGUCAGUCGGUGGAGGAGCGACAAAGGACAGUGGCUGAGCUUCAGGCAGUGUUUCAGGCUACUGGUUUCCCCUUCUACAUCUUACCUCUGGAGCAGGUCCUGGACCUGCCCGCUUCAGUCGUGGCGACCAAUCCAUCGCCCUCAGAGCAACCUGCCAGCGCCUACAAAGCAGCCGUGGAUCACUUUGUCCAGACUGACGGCAGCAACUUUCCAACGCCACAGGAGCCGAAGAAGACGCUGUCGCCUCACGUUCAGGAGUCGCGCACGCUGAUGCUACAGCAGCUGCUCGGUUCAGUUAAAACACUGACGGCCAGAGAAGAGCUGCUGAACACACUAAGGCAGCAUCUGCUGGUGCACACAGCUCGUACAGAGGGCUACAGUAAACUGAUGCUGGGAGACAGCUGCACCAGACUGGCUGUUAAACUUCUCACCAGUAUAUCACUGGGCAGAGGAGCACAGCUGGCCCAGGACACAGGUUUCUCUGACUCCAGAUACGGUGACAUCAUAUUAGUGCGGCCAAUGAGAGACUACUCUGCCAAAGAAAUAGCUUACUACAACCAUCUGUUCACUGUGCCCUGUGUUGUUAUUCCAAGUGUGGACACGAAGACAGUGGAUAAGGCCAGCAUCCAACGUCUGACAGAGAGUUUUGUCACCAAACUGCAGGCAGACUUCCCCUCCACUGUCAGCACCAUCUACAGGACCAGCGAGAAGCUGCAGAGUGCAUGUAGGAAGUGGUCAGGAGCCGACGGCUGUGACCGAUGUCUGCUGUGUCUGUGCAGCCUGGAUACUGCUGUGGAGGAGCCAUCGGCCUUCCAGGCCACGCUCAUAUCAGAUCAGCUCUCCGGGUGCAAGUGUCUGCAAGGCGGCGCUGCUGAAACCCUGAGGCCAAACCCAGGGAGGCCGGAGUCGCCGGCUCCCACCGGACAGUGCUGUUCCUCUGCUGAAGGGCGGGGCUGUGGGAGACCAGGAAGUGAUGGAGGUUGCUGUUCUUCUGCUAAGCUACCAGAAACAACACAUCUGAAGAGCCUGUUGUGUUACAGCUGUGCACUGACUGUCAGAGACAUGUCGACAGUGAAUCACCUCCCUCAGUACAUCCUGUCAGAGGCUCAGAGGAGGCAAAGGAGGUCUCAGAUGAGAGAGGAGAUCAGUGAGUUCCUGCUGGACGAUGGUGACGAAGGAAAUUAGAAGCAAAAGGAGAAGCUCCGCCCCCCAUGCCAGAAGAGGAUGGAGGAAAGGUUUCUUCAAGGAAACUGGCAACUGACACUUACGCUUAAGUUCUGAUCGUGUGCGUGUGCGUGCGUGCCUGCGUGUGCCUGCGUGUGUGUGAGCGUGUGUGUGUGUGUGAGCGCGUGCGUGCGUGUGUGUGUGCGUGUGUGAGCUGUGCCUGCGUGUGUGUGAGCGUGCGUGCGUGAGCGUGUGCCUGCGUGUGUGUGAGCGUGUGUGUGUGUGUGUGCGUGUGUGAGCGUGUGUGUGUGUGUGAGCGUGUGUGUGUGUGUGUGUGUGUGUGAGCGUGUGUGUGUGUGUGUGUGAGCGUGUGUGUGUGUGUGAGCGUGUGUGUGUGAGCGUGUGUGUGUGUGUGAGCGUGUGUGUGUGUGUGUGUGAGCGUGUGUGUGUGUGUGAGCGUGUGUGUGUGUGUGUGAGCGUGUGUGUGUGUGUGUGUGUGAGCGUGUGUGUGUGUGUGUGAGCGUGUGUGUGUGUGUGUGAGCGUGCCUGCGUGUGUGUGCGUGUGAGCGUGUGUGUGUGUGUGUGUGAGCGUGUGUGUGUGUGUGUGUGAGCGUGUGUGUGUGUGUGUGAGCGUGUGUGUGUGUGUGAGCGUGUGUGUGUGUGAGCGUGUGUGUGUGUGAGCGUGUGUGUGUGUGUGUGAGCGUGUGUGUGUGUGUGUGAGCGUGCCUGCGUGUGUGUGCGUGUGAGCGUGUGUGUGUGUGUGAGCGUGUGUGUGUGUGCGUGUGUGUGUGUGUGUGUGAGCGUGUGUGUGUGUGCGUGCGUGCCUGCGUGUGUGUGUGUGAGCGUGUGCCUGCGUGUGUGUGAGCGUGUGUGUGUGUGAGCGUGUGCGUGGAGCUAUCUUGCAUUCUUUUAAAUGAUUUGAGUUGUUUCUUUGAGCUGAGUCUAAAUAAUGCGUCUCCUUCUUAAACACACUUCAGCCUGUUCUUGUACAGACGACUGAUAAGAUUGUAUCAUGAAUGUAACAACAUAUAAUAUUAAUCUCUUUAUUUCCAUCACGUGUCCUUAAUAAACCUUCACAUAUCAAAAAGACAACAUGGCAGUGAGUGGAACUAUAGCAGGAGUCCAUCUCCUCCUUGUGUGAGUGAUGUAAACCAGGUUUACAUCUACACAUACAUCAACACAAAUCAACAAAGUUUUAUUCAAACACAUUCAGUUGAUCAUGUUGUCAGAAAUCGUUGAAUUUCGAUGAAACAUUUAAAAACUGCGUUUUGUAUUUUUUAUUAAAAUCUGCUAAA